AUGUCAUCCCUUCAAUUUUUUGAUAUGUUGCCUACACAGCUGAAGAAUUUCUUCAAGAAGUAUCCACCAUCAAUCAUGUUUUCAACGAAACCAACAUCAACGCAUGCGAUUGAAGCAAACCCUUUUAUGCCAAAUAAGCAUCCUAUAACGAAAAGAUACCACGAGCCCAAGUACUCUUUAAGGCGUAUGAGUGACUUGUAUAAAGUUGCGAGUUUGUACGGUGUGCAGGAUUUUUUACCUCCAAUGAAGAAGAAAUUUUAUGAAGAGAAAUACGAGAAUAAAAAGAUGAUGAAGGGUGUAUUAUUACCAAAGGGACAUAAACAUGAACUAGCCCGUGAUGCGAAACUUGCAAAAAUGAGAGAAGCAAUCUCUAAUGCGGAUAGGUUCAUCCUUGAAGUGAAGGGCUCUAAAUACAAAAAGAAGCUGGAGAAAAAAAAAAGAGAUGAUGCAACCACUUGGUUCUGA